AUGCAUCACGGAGUCAAUUAUCCAUCUCGUCCUCGUCUCCUCCACACCUCAGUCAGCAAUUUCCCGCCGCGGCCGCCAACGGAUGCGAACCAGAAAACGAAAAACCAGUUCCUUCCGAUGAACUCCACAGCCAACAGCCUCCGCUUCUCUUCUCCUCUUUGUCCCCGAUUCCAAUCUCCCGCCAAAUCCCCCACCCUCACCUCCGCUUCCAGAUUCUCAUUCGUCCGAUGCUCCUUCCCCUCAUCCAGCCGCCGCCGUUCGCGCCGCUCCGGCAAGAGGAAACUACUUCAGACCUCGACUUCCACGGCCCGCCCCUCCCUCCACCUCGACGACGACCUCGAUCGCGCAGCUUCGGCUCAGAGCCUCGAAUUGGUCCUCGACCUCGACCAGCUCUCUUACCUCGCUAGUUCCAACCUCCGUCGGUUCAUCUCUUCCGGCAGGGACGCGUACGCCGACCUCAGCACCCUCGUGUCCUUCGACGAGAGCAGAAGGAUUGUCUUCUCCUGCCGGAAAUCGACCGUGAGGUUUACCGGCAUGGUUUUGCUCUGCGGAUUUGUGUUUAUUUCGGCGGUUAGGGUUUUGAUCGGCCUGGGGCUGGCCUUCAGGCGGAGUGUAGGGUUUAGGCGGGAGAAGGUUGUCGUGAGGAGAGACCGGAGUCUCGGAGGGAGAGAGGUGGUGGUUGCGACGGCGGCGGUGGCGAUGGAGAGAGAUGGCGCGAGGCCGAAGAGGAAGAGGUUUGGGGUUUUGGAUAAUCCAUUGUCGUCCCUGAGCCGUGCGGUAGGGGAAAAUGAUUGGAAGAAGUACUUGGCUCGGAGGCAGAACACCUUACCGAAAUGGUGGCCAUCGGCGGUGUCGGGGCACUUAUUAUUGGAGAAUCAGGAAGAGUAUCAAAGGGAGGCCAAGAGAUUGAUUCGAGCAAUCACGGACUAUAGAACAAGCGGAAAGGAUUUUGCAGUGGAUGACAUAAUUCAAUUGCGUCGAAUAUGCAGGACAUCUGGAGUGAAGGUUAGCUUUGACACGACAAACACUCGCGACGCACUCUUCCGUGCAUCAGUUGACUUCGUUUUAAAUAUGUGUAGCAGGAAUACAAGUUACGAAAGUGUACCUGAGAUUGAUGCCGAAGAUGUCCGCCAGUUCAUUGCUGGACUCGCUGACAACAUUGGGCUUGAGAACAUACGUGCUGCUAGAAUUGUGUCUGCUGGUGUUGCUGCACGUACUCAUUCGUGUUUCUUGCAGGCUUGGGCUUUGGAUGUGCAAGGGAAACACUCUGAAGCAGUAAUGGAAUUGUUGAGCAUCUGUUCUGUUCUCCACACAUUUCCUCCUGAUGAGUCUUCGCCGGAAAUGGAGAUGGUAGCAGAGGGACUAGGAAAGCACUUAAAGGUCGAGCAGAGGGAACUUCUGUUGGACAUGUUCUGCGUGGCUUGCAGCUGUAAAGAGAGCCAUAGAAGUGCAGCAGAUGCUCUUGGCUUGACGCUCUCAUCCGAAGCAUCUGAAGUUGGUGGUCUUCAAGAAGACAGCAGCAGAAGUCCGGUAGAAAGCUGAUCGCAGGCAGAUUUCUUAACCCGUUAGAUCAAGAAGACAAAAAUAGAAGACACAGACCUUUUAGGCUGUUGUUUAUGUAUAUGCUAUUUGCCUUCUCUCUCAAAUGGCAUCUUAUAAUCUGUUCCGUUUUCUUUACACUUGCGAAUAAUCAUCUUUAGGUUAAUCAUUCAUGAUAAUUAUCUAAUAACAACAGUGCUAGUUUACAGUUUACACACUGCAGCCUUCUCUCCAGACCUCAGUUGUUCCUCUAAGCUCGGCCGUAGUAAUGGAGCAGGAUACAAGGUUCGUCGUCCAAGCAACAAAAGGAGCCUCUGUUUACUUUGGCUUGCUGCAUUUUCUUGGCCAGAGGCAACUUCUCCUAUACCUACAUUGUGAUGAACUCUGCAUGAACUGAGCAAACGUUGCAUAGGCAUCUGCUUCCCCAUCGUAGAUGCCUGUGCUAGCCUUACAUGGGCUUACAGAGCUGUCAAAUUUGGGCUUCACAUGAACCAAAGCCCAAAAUCCAGCCCACUAAGAGUUUAACUUGACUCCUCUAAUUUCCCCUCGCCGCCGGUCUCCACUGUCCGUUCCCGCGAAAGCAUCCCAGGUUUUGAGCUGCUCUCUCGCCGCCAGAAUCGAAGUUGUCGGGAGCUCGCCCUGAUUGCUCCGGGAUGGAAGGAUUAAGCGUGGUUGCAGCCAAUUUGAAAGUCUUCCUCCAGCCUUCGCAGAGCAAUAAUCUCACUCUAGCUAUCUUCCGCGAGCUCAGCGCGUUGCUCUUCAAGUACCAUGAUGAAUUCGACGGUGUCUUGUUAGCUUAUAAUGUUCAUGCUCCGGAGAAUAAGGGGCGAAUCCUUCCCGGUGUUCAUCCGUUCAUUGCUGUGAGACUAGAGGCUAAAUUGCUUGUCUUUUCGCCUAAGCCAGACAUGCUUUUAGAAGGGAAGGUGGUGAAAGUGGCUGAGGAGUCUAUUCAUGUCAUUGUUCUUGGUUUCUCGUCGGCUGUAAUAACAGAUGAAGAUAUCCGCAAUGAGUUUAAGUACAAGACGAAACACGGUCAGGGUUUGUAUGUCAACAGAUCUAACAAGCGCCAUGUGAUUAAGGCUGGAACUAUGAUUCGUUUUGUUGUCAAGAGUAUGAAUGAAGAGACACUCCACAUCUAUGGAUCAUUGAUCCCUGCUAACACUGGAAGCAUCAAGAUAUUGGAGAAAUCAUCAGAGCAUACCAACACAGAAAGCGUCACAAUCAACAGCACUCCCAAGAAAAGGAGAAGCAAAGAGCAAGGAGUGGCACAGAUCACAGAGCAUGGCAGCAUUGUCAAGGAUGCUCCUUCACAUAACAAUUAUGAUCGUGAAAUUAAGAAGCCGCGAAGAAGCUGAUAACUCAUUGAAAGCCGGAUUAAUGAAAUGUUGUAGUUUAGCCUGUUAUUUGUAAUUUAUUGCAUACAAAUGGCUGCUUAGAAGGUUAUAGCCAAUUCGCUCAAGUCCUGGGAAAUCUUUCUUCGAUCUUACCCUGUUUAUGUGCAAUGUGCUUCAAGAUAUGAAAAGUUGGUCGUGCUAAGAAACUGAGGGUUCAGUUCCUUUUUUCAUUUGACAUUGAUGGACUGAAGCUUGAUUAAGCCCCUGUUCAAGUUGUUUGUAUCCUGAUCUACUAUGAUGAAUAUUCAUCUGUUGAAAUCCAGUUGUUUAGACAUUGCUGUAGAUGCUCCCAUCUGAAGCUGGGCAGAUUUUUAGACUCAUUAGACGAAGGCGAAAAUAAAAGACAGGCCUUUUAGGCUUUUGUAAAUGUAUACCCUAUUGCCGUCUCUGGCAAAUAACAGCUUAGAAUUUGUACAAUUUUCUUAAACUUACAUAUAAUCAUUGUUAAGUUAAUGCAUUCAUGAUAACAAUUCAAUAACAACAAUGCUAGUUUUGGUUUCUACCACUCGCUGCAAUUCCAGUGGCCACAGCUUUCGAUCUAGACCUCAAUUGUACCUCUUAAGUUCAGCAGCAGUAAUGGAACAGGAUCCGAGGUCAAAGUCCAAGCAUCAAAGGGCUUCUGUUUCUUCGCCUUGUUGGCACCAUAGUAAAUUGGCAAGAGUGUCACUUCUGCAGUCAAGCCUGAACCUUUGGACACCAUCUUAUAGAAGAGUUCCAGGCAUCGCAUUGCUCUUGGGACAUGCUAUCUUCUCCGUGUUCGACGAUCUCAUUUCACCCUUGAGCCAAUCUUCUGGCCCUCAGCUCUAGAGAGUUAGAUAUGCACGUUCCUCCCAAUGGAAGAACUUGAUUCAAUAAUGUCUCAUCUCUUCCUUCCCUUGACUGGCAAUGAGACUCGGACCAUGCAGUCGCAGAGCUUUUAGUCGGGUAGCAACUCAAUGCAAUAUCACCACAAGUCUCCACAAGAGCAGGCUCCAUCCUUGAAAUGAUGAAACCGAUUCGUAUCCCUGACGAAAAUUUCCCUGUCCUCAAACUCAGAGAUGAACUUUAUCACAGCAUGGCAGUCUCCACAUAUCCUGAGGUUCUUGAUCACUUGAAGUGGAAACCCACGACUAGUAUUCAGAAGUCCCAAAGCAACAGCCAACUUCUCGCUAUGGUCGCACAACAUCUCCUCCUUAUCCUGCUCCUCCACAUCCUGCAACACAAAGUCUGUAUGCGGCAAGUAACCCGACUUCUGCAUCUCUACUCUCAGUUCACCCAACUUUUUCGUUAUCUCAGGCAUCUGAGGAUGCAAAUUAUCACCAGCCAGAAGCAUGUGCACUUUGUUCUUGAUCUCAAUCCAACUACAUCCAGGAUUCUUCCUCAAACCCUUGCUCUUCAUCAUCUCUCUCACUGAAUUCACCUCAACCCACAUCGAUUUAGAUGCAUAGAUGUUGGAUAAGAGAACGUAGUUACCGGGAUUAUUUGGUUCCAAUUCGAAGAGUUUUCGUGCAGCAAUUUCUCCUAUAGCUAGAUUGUGAUGAACUCUGCAUGAACUGAGCAAAGGUCCCCAUAUACAACCAUCAGGUUCCAUAGGCAUCUGUUUCACCAUCGUGUAUGCCUCGACUAUCCUUCCAGCACGGCCCAGAAGGCUGACCAUGCAGGAAUAGUGCUCUAAUCUUGGUUCAAUCCCAUAAUCUUUCGACAUGCUAUCAAAAUAGAACUUACCUUCCUCGGUCAACCCACCUUGGCUGCAGGCAGACAAAACAGAAGUAAAGCUGAUGAAGUCAGGUUCCUGACCACUCUUCUGCAUCAAGUUGAAAACUUCCAAUGCUUCUUUAGUCUUUCCAUGCAUGGCGUAUCCACCUAGCAAUGCGUUCCAGGAAACCAGGUUUCUCCGUGCAUUAGUGCCGCAAUGUUCCCGCAAGCUGGAAGCAAGCAUGGGAUUGUCACCGAGUUUGGCUUGAGUCCUUCCAUCUGCAUCUCUCUAAAGAGUUCCAAAGCUUCCAUGUCUUUUCCAUUCUGUGAGCAGCUUGCUAUCAUUGAAGUCCAUGAAACUACAUUCAAAUUGAGUCCUUGUCUCUUGAAUUGUUUAAAUCUCUUCAAUGCACCUUCCACACAGCCAGUCCUGGAUAGCCCUGUGAUCAAUGCAUUGCAAGCUCCAACAUCCAUCUCAUGCAACUCUUCGCAGACUUUUGACAUCUCAUUUGGACGUGCGCACUUCCCAUACAUAUCGACAAGCGAGCUAACGACCCAGUUAUCUUGGGAUAAACCUUGCUUGAUCACACAGCCAUGAAUCUGAACCCCACAGGGUAACAUCUCCAAGUCACCAACUGCAGGAAGGACGCUAGAUAUGCUUGUCCCAUCGGGCUUAAACCCUUCCGAAUGCAUAUCACGAAACAUCAAGAUAGAAUCUUUGAAAUGUCUGCUGUGAUUAAACCCGGCAAUCAUCCCAUUCCAAGAUACCGAAUUCAGCUCCAGCCCCAUCUCCACCGCUUCUCCAAGCAGCUCUUUCGUCUCCUCCACGCAGCCCUUUCGCGCAUACCCCGAAAGCAGAGCGCUACAAGCCACCACAUUGGGGCGGGGAAUUCUAUCAAACACCUUGCGGGCUUCCAUCAAUCUGUCGCACUUGAGGUAGAAAUGAACCAAAGACGACAGAAGAAGCGAAUCCGAAUGGUGCCCAUUGACAAACGCCAAGCAAUGAACUUGAACCCCUGUCUUCAAAGACGACAGCCCAGCAGUCGCCUUGACGACACUGGGCAGCACAUAACAGUCCGGUGAAAUCCCCUGACUCAACAUUUGGGCGAACACGCGGAUCGCCUCGCCGUACUGAUUGCUCCUCGUCAAGCUGUAGAUGUGGUUCGAAAAUGAGACGGCCCCGGAAGUGGAUGCAUUGAGGAUGGGACCCGCAUUGCCGAAAGUACGGUGACCAGGAUCGCCGGAGAAUAGCUCGGCUGUUGAAGAAUCAGCGGACACGGUUGUCAAGGUGGAAGCAUGAGUAUUCAGGGGACCAGUGAAGUCUUCCUUGUUGGUGGAACUGGAAAAUGAUUGCUUCGAUCCUAAUAAUAUCUCGAGGCUCGAGUUCAAUCCUCCAUUGGAGCAACAUGGUGGUCGUUUCCCACUCGACGAUGACAGGAUUCGGACGGCAAAAGCGUUGGGCAAUCUCA